UAGUUGUGCAACUAAACAGUUAAAGCUGCGAAACAAUCGACAAUCGCGCACUCUUAAAAUUGAGGUUAUGUUUUUUGAAUUCAGUUCGAUCGGAGUCGGAGAUAACAAUUGCCCCCACGGCCGCACCUCCUCCGGCCACGAGGGCUGCGAGAGGGCGGGAUAAACCAAGGACCAGCAGUGCCCAGGAGGCGCGCAUCAGGGUGGGCGCCCUGAGCGCGACAAUAUAAGAUCAGCUCUAACUAGUAGUAAUAGUACGUACUAUUUGAUAUAUACUUGUAUCUACACAUUACCUAGAUUUUUUAUAUGCAAAUAUGAAAAAAACGAAUAUUUUCCCAUUCGGAAAUUUUCCCCGGGUUUCUUCUCCUGUUUUUUCCCACAUGAGAGUUUUUUCCGGGUAAAAUUCCUUCUCUAGCCGUAAUACACAUAAAAAAUAAAAAAAUACAUACAGACGAAUUGAGUAUCUUCUUCUUUUGGGAAGUCGGUCAAAAAGAGAGCGACCUAUCGUCCGGGCCUGGGCUAUCGUCUUUUCCGUCACACGCGUGGUCACAUAAAUGCGGGGUGUGGAGGGGGUUUCGCCGGAACGACGAGCACAGAACCGCUCCUAACGAUGCCCGCGGGCGGAUUGACGCUAAAUCGGGAUGGCAUUAAGAGUAGAUUUUAAUUAAAUUCGAUUAAAAAUUAACUAAUCAACGUAUUGCUAAAAGCUUCGGGUUAACAGAAGAUAAAGUACUCGUGUACCAAAUAAACCACUUCGAGUUUUUGCUUUCGUUGUAGUAUUGCAAAUAUAUGGAGAUUUUUACAGAAUUAGGCACAUUUUCAAAAAAUAAAUCUGUCGAGAAAAGUUUGUCCAAUCGUGAUUCUGUUCCACGAGACUUUAGUUAAAGGACUAAAGUUACAAAUACUAAAAUAUCACGAAUCAAAUCUUUGUAGAAAUCCUGUUCUAUGCUUCCAAAGAUGCGCAAUUCGCGAGAACAGCGCCUUAAAAUACGUGAAUCAAAUACAUGUGAAAAUCCAAAAACAUAAAUCUUUCCACUUUAUAAUAUUGGUAUAGACAUAAAAAAGGCAAUAUAUUAUGUAAAACAAACAUAUAAAUGGCCACACUUUUAAUUUAAGACAAAAACAUGGUUUGCACAAGUGAAAUUUCAGGUUAAUUUAUUACAUUUGUAUUUACAAAGAUGAUAUUUUCGGAAAUAAGUUUUGGUACAAAUAAGUGCAUCGUUUAUGAGGUUAGUCAGUCUAGCUUUAGGUCUCUUAUAGUCCAUAGGCCUUAAUAUGGGUCAGUACAAAACUUUCCUCGGUGCCACACGCAAUGUAAGUAUUGUAAUUUCUUAUCUAGUUUAAAAUGAAAAGAUUGAAAAAUAUGCAGAAGAAAUAGUUGACACUUCACUUGAAUUUAUUUUAAUAAACUCAUUAACGCUUGUUGAGAUCAAGACCAUUAUUUAUAUUUGACUUAUAUUUAUAUUAUUCUCAACCGUCACCACGCUCCGCCACACGUGAGAAAAUAGUUUCAUCCGUCCCACCUUUUAGUCCCACUAUCACUAAUACGGUGACAAAUGGAACCGUUAUAAAAUAUAAAAUAAGUUUUAACCGUCCCCUCGUCGCAAAAGUUGGGAUAAUUGAAACUUUUUAUUCUCACCUGUACCGACGUGGGAACGGAGCUGGGUGACGGUUGGGAAUAAUCCAAGAUUUCCAUAUUAAGGCUCCCGUUACUGUAAAGUAAAGGGGCGUAAAGUUACCUGCUAGGAAUUGUGUCUUUAUGGGUAUAGAAGAUUCACUGAGCCCUUGUUACCUAUCAUACUAAUAUUAUUAAUGGGAAAGUUUAAAUAAUUAGGUUGAUUUUUGUUAGAGUUUGUAGCCUAAAGGGCUUAAAGACGUAUUUAUCUUCUUAUAUCUUUAUUUUACAUGCUUCCGUUACUCGCUAUAGUUUUCUAAUCUACUGACAUUCUUUCUCUCCUCGAACUCUGACAUGCGUAAUCGAGUCUACGCAUGCCAGUUACAUCGCCACAGGCUGUAGUACGGGUUUUUAUGAAAUUUAGUAUAUAUGGAGAGGUUAGUCUGGAAGAACACAUAGGUUACUUGUAUUUGUUUCCUUUAUUCCGCGCGGCCGAAAGCAAGUCCAUGCUAAUGUUAUCAAGUGGAAAGAUUUGUAUUUUUGUAUGUCUUGAAAUAACUCAAAAACUACUUGGUCGAUUUUGAAAAUUCUUUCACUUUUAGAAAGGUAAUUUUUCUAUGUGUAGGUAUUUCAAGCGGGCGAAUUCGCGAGCAGCAGCUAGUUGACUUAUAUAUUUGUUGAUAGCGUGACAUCAUGUUCUGGCUCCACUGCCUUCUCCUAGGCAGCGCUCUCGGCGUCGAAUUAGACGUUGGUCUGUCUUUAAACCCGGUGUAUCUGGCGGAGCAGUACUACCACCAGCGUGUGGGGAUACCACUGGCGGAGAAGAUACGCAAAGCGGAACUCGCCGGCAGUAAUACCACUAAUACAAUCACCGACGAAUCUUCGCUGCUCAAAGAAUACCCCUUCGUGGGUAAUAUGAUAAUCCAGCUAAGGUCAGGGUCUACAUCGAUGUGCGGAGGCUCCCUACUUACUAAGACUAGUGUGUUGACCGCGGCACAUUGUUUUCUGGAUGGCAGGGACUACGGACGUAACUACACCAUGGUCUUAGGCUCUAUGAAGUUAUACAGCGGCGGCAUAAGACUCACCACCAAUAAGACUGUACUACACGAGAACUACAAUAGGUACACGUUGGACAACGACAUUGCACUGCUUUUCCUCCCCAAUGUUACAUUUAAUGAUGUCGUGGCUCCCAUCCGUUUGCCGUGGGGUUCGCUAUUGCAAAGCGAUUUGACGGGUUACUCCGCACAGGCCAUCGGCUUUGGACUCACUGAGAACGAUGGUCAGUUUCUGAACAAUGUGACGUUUGAGGUGAACAGUAAUGAGUUGUGCGGGCGUACAUACAGCAAUAUGAACGAGGCCAAGAUGUGCGCGAGCAGUGCAAACGGAAGCACUUGCUUCGAGGGCUCCGGGGCACCUCUUGUCAUGACACACGAAGGGCAGCAAGUCUUGAUUGGCAUAUCAUCGUACGUACCAAGAGCUGUCUGUCCAAGCAAACAGCCUGCGGUAUUCACUGACGUGAUGGACUACAUAUCCUGGAUAGCGGCUAAUGCGUAGUUGACCAUACAACUAACGCAUAAGGUUGCUUACUAACAAAUAUAUAUAAAAAGUUUUUGUUAUAAUAUGUAUAUUAAGUGUUGUGUGAAAUAUCGGAUUUUGUUACCUUAUCUGACAGGGACGGCUUUUACCCAACCGUCACACGGCUCUGUCCCCACGCGAAGACAUAUGAGAAAGUAAAGUUUUAUCUGUCCCACGUUUUGCGACGAGGGGACUUAUUUUAUAUCUUA